AUGUUGGCACCCACGGCAGAGGCCACAAGCCACUGCAAUCCGGCAACACUCAACACGACCAGCUUCAACUACGUCAACAGCGUCGAGAACCAAACCGUCUAUGAGAUCGCCAAAAAGUUCAACCGCGGCGUCUGUGACAUUGGUCGCGCAAAUCUCAUGGUCGAUGUAUCCGUCGUCCCCAACGUGGGGGAAACCAUCAUCAUCCCCGGCCAAGUCUGCAACCCCGACUGGACAUCGUGCAUCAUCGACGGACCCGGAACGAACGACUGCCUCGUCGGCGGUCCCCGGCUGUACUACACACUAAACGGCGACACGAUGUGGAAGAUUGCAGGACGGCUCAACAUGACCCUUGACUCCGUCAUGUGCGGCGGCGACAGCUGCGACACCAGCAUCACCUGCAUUGACGGCAUCUGCCCCGGCGGUGGAGGCAGCCAGUACGGCGCCAACGAGACCAUUGCCGCCGGGCAAUUCAUCAAGAUCCCCAUGUGCUCCCCGAGUGUUUGUGAUAUUGAGCCGUACACUUUCAGCAAGGGCGUCUUCAAGGAUCUGGCGGAUAAGUAUGGUUCGACGGUGGGGCAAAUCCAGAUGUUGAGCCCGACGUACAACUACAGUUACAUUGCCAAUGAAGGCGGCACAUAUCCCCCGAUUGCUUUGGCGAAGAACUGCCGCUUGUUGUCGUCCAACUAUACGGUUCUGAGUUGA